AUGAGUAAUAAAUCUUUGAUGACAGUAUUAAAAGUACUUGGUCCAGUAAUCCUUCCGAUCCUGUUCGGAAUGUGUUUAACCUCCAUUAACGUAUUAUGUAAUAUACCAGUACUCUAUACAUCCACUGAGUCUAAAUUAGACCAGUUAAGCCACUGGGAAUUUGUAUCCCCUGCUCUAUUCAUGGGUACAUUCACUCUCUCCUUAGUCAUAUUCAUAUCUGGUAUGUACAGAAUCAUACCACACCCAUACUUUAAGUAUAUAUUCACUACAUCCGCUGUAUGUAUAUGUAUAAGUAAUAUACUAUUUGUAUACAUAAGGAAUAAUAUACUACUAAGUAUAUGCAGAUACUUUAUAGGGAUAGGUACAGGCAUAGCAUGUGCACUUGGUCCUGUAUAUUAUACUGACUUACUUGGCAUGGUUAAUGGAUCAAAAGUAUCCUCAUUACAAGGCUUAUUCAUAAAUUUAGGAAUAUUAAUAGAAGGGGUUAUAUCGGGUUAUUAUAAUAAUUCCACUUUUAUAUUUAAGGUUAUCGCUGGGAUCAGUUUUAUUUCAAUUAUUAUAAAUAUUUUAUUUACAGAGAAUUCAAAAAAACAAAAUAAUUUACGGAUUAUCCGGGCAUCUGGUGAUGUAAAUGUAAUAACCCGACAUAACCCUAAAUUAUUCAUUAUAUCCUGCCUUAUCAUGCAGGUGGUUCAGCAGAUGACUGGGAUAAACCCGAUUUUAUCAAACAGGAACGGGUUCUUUAUUGGUAAGAAUACGGUGCCUGAGCACUUCUUUAAUAUGGCUGGGCUAAUUGGCACUGCCCUCUCAUCAAUAAUUAUGUUUAAAGGAUCGGGGUUUAAAGAGGUCGUGUUUAUAUCUGGUAUUGUGUGCACAGUUACACUGGGGGUACUUGGGGUUAGUAAUAUACCGUGGUGCAGUGGUGUAUACUUACUGUUCUUCUCACUGGGCCUGGCUAAUCUGCCGUGGAUACUUCCUGGCAUGUUAUUACAGGAGGAGUCUGAUAUAACCACUGCUGCUGGGCUUGGGUCACUUGCUAAUUCUGCUGUAUCGUGCAUUGCACUGAGUAUGUUUACUAAUUAUAAGGUUACGGCUGGCAUUAACUGGGUAUUCUUUGUGUUUAGCACGUUUUCAUUCAUAGAGGGCGUAUUCGGGUACUUCUUAGUGCGUGUAUCAGAGAGGCAGGGCAAGAAAAGUUCUGGUGUAGAGGUGAAAGAAUUACUUAGUGCGUAA